UUUUCUAGGGUUUAUCGUCGUAUCCGCAUCCCCUGAAGAAGAAGAAGAAUAUGGAUUCGUUUUCAUCAGCGUCGUCGAUGGGCUCUCAAGUGUCGUCUUCAGAUCUGAUGGACCAGGUCAAGAGUCAGCUCGCACAGGCUUACGCGCAGGAAUUCCUGGAGACUGUGAGGGGAAAAUGCUUUGAUAAGUGUAUCACAAAACCAGGAUCAAGCCUGAGUGGGAGUGAAAGUAGCUGCGUCUCCAGAUGUGUGGAUCGUUAUAUAGAGGCCACCGGCAUCGUUAGUAGAGCUCUUUUCAAUGCUCCUCACUGAUUGUAUUCUGUGCCCUAUUUUAACUAUUAUUCUCCACUCUUUGUUUGCAAUUGAGAUCUUACCGCUCUGCUGCAAACACUUUACAUUGCAAACUCUGCUUAGAGAUUUCCUAAAAUGUCUGAAUUCCAAUUUCAACUGCUAUACUUUACUAA